GAAGUGUGAUUGUCACUUUCUCUUCGCUCUGUUCCCUUUCUCGCCUUCUUUAGUUCUUUCUAUGCCGUGGAUUGUUGCCUCGUUGGUUUUACCGUGUAAACUUUACAGAGGAUUGGAUUCUAGGAAGAAACAUUCAAAAAUUCACCGAAAACUAUAAGAACCGCAAAAAUACUCUGUAAUUUGUUCAUCGCAAACAUCGAAAACUUGGAGCCUAGUCAGCGAGUCAAUCUAUUCAACUGAGACAGCGAGACCUUCAGAUUUUCUGGCCGCUAGCCGUUGUCGUCUUCCCCAAUUUCUGUACUCUAACGAGCCAUGGCCGGAAUCGAGACAACACAAGCGUCGGCGAACUGUGUUCCGGCCGACGCCGGCCCGGUGGUGCCCACAACCCCGUUGGUGACUUUUCUUGAAAGGCUACAAGAAACGGCUCUUCGGACUUUUGGGCACGACGGGUUUGACCCGAAGAAAUACGUGGACAUGGCGCUGAAGGAAGAGCUUUCGAGGACUGUGGAGGCGUUUCAGAGUGUUACGAGAGGUGGGAACGGGUCAAUUCCCAGAUCGGAGCUGGAGGGGUUUAUGGGUAAGUAUUUGGUGGGUCCUGAUAAGGAUUUGGUGUAUGCUGAGCCGGUAGAUUUUGUGGGGGAGCCAGAAGGGUUCUUGAGCAAAGUGGAGAGCCCUGAGGUGAGGAAAUGGGGUCUGGAGCUCCAUCUUCUCUGGAAGAAUUUGAGUAGGAAGGUGGGGGAUCAAGUUCUGGAGAGGCCCGGUUUUCAUACAUUGCUGCCCUUGAAGAAUCCGGUUAUAAUCCCGGGAUCACGGUUUCAAGAGGUUUAUUAUUGGGAUUCUUAUUGGGUCAUCAGGGGCUUGUUAGCGGGCAACAUGUAUGAAACUGCAAAAGGAAUUGUUGCUAAUCUUAUUUCACUUAUUGAUCAAUUUGGAUACGUUCUUAAUGGUGCACGGGCAUACUACAGUAACAGAAGCCAGCCUCCACUUUUGAGUUCAAUGGUUGUUGAUAUAUACAAACGAACUGGUGAUAUGGAUCUGAUAAAAAUGUCUCUUCCUGCACUGCUUAAGGAGCAUGAGUUUUGGAAUUCAGGUAUGCAUAAAGUGAUCAUUCAGGAUGCUCAAGGAGUGAAUCACAGCUUAAGUCGGUACUAUGCAAUGUGGAACAAACCCCGACCGGAAUCUUCAACAAUUGACACGGAAACAGCUUCCAAACUUUCGAGUGCCUGUGAGAAAAAACACUUGUACCGCGAAAUUGCAACAACUGCUGAAUCUGGAUGGGAUUUUAGUUCAAGAUGGAUGAGGGACGGAUCCGAUCUCACAACACUAGCUACAACUUCAGUUCUCCCAGUGGAUCUUAAUGCGUUCAUUCUUAAGUUGGAACUUGAUAUAGUCUUUCUAGCAAGCAUUAUCGGAGAAAAUAACAUAGCUGAACGUUUUAACGAGGCUUCACAAGCUAGAAAAAUUGCAAUCAACUCUAUUUUCUGGGACACAGAGACAGGACAGUGGUAUGAUUACUGGCUCAGCAAUAGCAAAUUUGCAUGCGAGGGUGUCUAUAAGUGGGAUAGUUUGAACCAGAACAAAAAACCGUUUGCUUCAAACUUCGUUCCCUUAUGGAUCGAUUUGUUUAACAAAGAUAAAAUGACAGUUCAGAAGACUAUCCAAAGCCUUCAAAGCUCGGGACUGCUUCUUCCGGCAGGAAUUGCAAUGACGUUGUCAAAUACAGGACAACAAUGGGACUUUCCUAAUGGUUGGGCACCUCUUCAACACAUAAUUGUUGAAGGCCUUACUAGGUCCGGGUCAGCGGAGGCAAGAUCAUUAGCCCAAGAUAUUGCGAGGAGGUGGAUAAGAACUAACUACGAAGUGUACAAGAAAACCGGGGCAAUGUACGAGAAGUAUGAUGUUGAAAAAUGCGGGCAGUAUGGAGGUGGCGGUGAAUAUGUAUCCCAAACUGGUUUUGGGUGGUCAAAUGGAGUUGUGUUGGCCUUCUUGGAGGAAUUUGGAUGGCCUAAAGACUUGAAGAUGGACUGUUAGUGACUGCUAAAACAAUACCGAGUUAAUUCUGGAUUUAGUCAUCUGACUAUCAGUCAUUUCCAAUUUUAGUCCUUAACUUUUAAAGCUACCAAAUUUAGUCAAGUAUUAAAUCCAAAUUUGGUAGCUUUAAAAGUCAAAGACUAAAAUUGGAUAAUGAGUGAUAGUCGGAGGAUUAAAUUUAGAAUUAACUCAACAACAGUAUAUGGUGAGAGACUACCAUCUUUCUUCCCAAUUUAGAAUUUUUGAGCCCCUCACUUUGAGAGGUUGCUCCCACACUAUCGCUGGUAAGACUCGAUCCCUUAUCCUUUUUUCCAAACUUCACUUCUGUGACUAACUGAGAGAUAACCAUCUUUCUAUGGUCACCGUGAGUCCGUGAGGUUAUUAUGUUCAUUGGUUUUGUAAGACUCUUAUCUUGUAUUUAGCUAAUAAAGGAAAUUGGGAAUAAAUCAUAUAUGUAAACUUGCUAAAUUGAAUAAUUCUCUAUUUUUCUUUCUCCCA